AAUUCAAGAUGAGUCCAAUUUAUCCAGGAAGUCGGUUUCUCCUAGGUUACAACCAAUUUAUAGGCAUCUCCAUUGAUGAACUGAACUUCCUCGUUGGCCAGGUGAUUUGUUUGGUGUUUGCCUUCCUGUUCAGGCGAUUCUUGCACCAUAGUAAGGUCAGCACAGACACUCGCCACAUCACAGCUUUCAGUGGAGGCAUCAUCAUCCUCUGGUUCUGCCAUGGCAUACAUUCCUUCCAUCUUAUUACACAGGCCUUGGUUUCCUAUGCUAUUAUCCUGUACUUUCCUCCAGAGGCCAUUCGCAAGGUUGUGUUCCUCUAUGCCAUGGGCCACCUGUGUGUCGUACACAUCUACAGACUGAUUGUAGACUAUGAUGCCACCAUCACCAUUGAGAUAACAGGUCCACUCAUGAUCAGCACACAGAAGGUUAUCACAGUGGCGUUCACUCUCCAUGAUGGCAGAGACAAAUCACCCGAUAGACUCUCAGAUGAUCAGAAACGACACGCAAUCUCAAAACCACCAACACUAAUAGAAUAUUUAGGGUAUUAUUUCUCAUUUCAAAAUAUAUUAUGUGGCCCACUUUGUUACUACCAAGACUAUGAUGAGUUCAUAAAAGGCACAAACUACAAUAGAACUCAACAUCCGUCAUGUAAAAACUCACCUAAAAUAACAAGAACUUCAGAGCCAUCCCCAUUAUUUGAAGUGAUGAGAAAGGUAGCUUUAAUAUGCAUAUUUGCUGGAUCGUUUCAUCUUAUCGUACCAAUUGUACCUAUAGUAAGGAAUGUAGAUCCAGAAUUUAUGAGAUCUCACUCCAGGCCAUUUAGAACCAUAUAUCUAUUUGUGUCGUAUACGAUAGCAAAACACAAAUACUACUUCGCCAUGUUAUCUGGUGAAGCCAUAAGCAAUGCUUCCGGACUGGGGUUCAAUGGUUACGAUGAGACAGGAAAGGCUCACUGGGAUCUUGUUUCCCCCUUCAGAUUAAUGAAAAUGGAGCUGGCUACAAGCACAAAGGAGAUCGUAGACAGUUGGAAUAUCCAAUGUGCCUUGUGGUUCAGACGAAUAAGCUACGACAGGGUACCAUAUAAAGAAACCUGGAAGAAAACAUUCUGUACUUUAAUGUUAAGUGCAGUGUGGCAUGGGUUUUAUCCUGGGUAUUACUUGAGCUUUACAUUAGCAGCACUGACAAUAGAGGCUUCAAGAAAGCUACGGAGAUUAGUUCGUCAUCAUUUUACUGACAACAAACACACAAAGUUGGGCUAUGACAUAUUCACUUGGUGUCUCACACAGUUUGGAAUCUCAUACUGGAUUCUGCCUUUCCCAGUGCAGAAAUUCUGGCCCAGUAUCCACUUUUUCAAUGACACCUAUUGGUUCAUGCACAUAACCUUACUUGUUAUUCUACUACUGCUACCAAAUAGAAGGCGUGAGUCUCCCAAAAGCAAAGACAACGGUGUCAGUAAAGUGGACAUCAAUCUCAAUCAAGGAAACCACAAAGCACAUUAUCAUGCAUCCUAGCUGCCAUGGAAACCAUCAAAACACAGAUUUAUGGUGGUGCAAAAUUUUCUUGUGUAUCUGUCUUUUGCGCAUGUCCUUGUGUAUACUAGCUCCCAUGACAGCCAUGAAAACCGAUAUAGCCAAUGUCCGAUCCUUGGAUGAAUUGACACCUUCAAAUCUUAUAUUUUGUCAUGUGUUCUUAUUACCGGUCAUACUGAUAUUGAAUGUGGUCUAAAGAAACUCGACCAUGGUGAAUUAGACUACUAAUAACAUUGCAACAUAUAUCAUCAUACCCAUUAGGAGCUGAAAAAUAACAUACAUUUUAAUAUAGCAACUAAUUGCCACAUGAAAUCCAGUCUUUCGUAACACAUAUAUUCAAUUUCAAAAUAAUGAACUCUGGCGAAAUUUGAUUUCUUGAUAAAAUCGGGACUGUCAUAUUUGCAUUCAAGUUUGCGAGGUCAUGCAAUUUUGAUGAAAUUAAUGCCUUUUGUAUUACUAUAAAAAUUCACCUUCAUGCCUUCAUACGCCAAUUUGGCAAAAUUACUGUGAUAGAUAUUUUAUAUUACAUAGAAAUCCAAAUGUUUGAUAAAGUACUAGGAAACCUUUUUUUGAUAAGAUCAAAAUCAGAUUAGGAGUUUUUCAUAUUUUGAAGCAAUAGAAUUACAAGGUAUUUUGUACAGUAGUGACUACUAGUCUAAGAGUGGUUUCAUGCACAUUGUGACAGGGUGCGAAAUAAUUUGGUACAGUGGUUUUGUGCCAGUUUCUUUUCGUCUGGUCUAGUUUUUUACUUUGUCAGCAUGUAUAGGAAAAUAAUGUUGCAACUGGUCCAAUUGAUUCAUUUUUCAUCAGCAUGUCUAAAAUUCUUAUAAUGCACCCUGCAUGGUGACCAAAAAUUGCAAAAAUGCAGCCAUCUAAUUUCUGAAUAACUCUGCUAUGGUGGUCAUUCUCGAAUUUUCCUUUUAACACACAAUAUACGCUCUGCGUCAAAUUGUAAUGAUAUGUUUUGUAAAUAAUUUGAAUGGAACAAUAAACAAUAAAUAAAUGAAAAAAAUAAAAAUAAGAAAUCGUCAAUACAUGAAAGAAUGUUGUAGUUAUCAAUCUGGGCAUGUUUUGAAGCUCAUUGAUAUUCACAAGUAUAAGUGCAGACUGCAGAAAGUAUUUGUCAAUAAUUUUGAAUCAGUUCAUCAUUAUUGACAAUAGUAUUUUAAAAAGGGUGUAAAUAAGAUAUCUCCAGGUAUAACUCAGAUAAUGGUAAAGACAGAUAAAACAAAUAUGAACUUGCAUUUUUGAACAAUUUGAUGCAAAAGCAUCUCAAUGGUAAUCCUGAUUUCUCUAAAUCUGAUGUGUUGAGCUCUCAUAUGCACAAAACAAAUUCGAGUUUCCACCAUAAUUGAGAAAAUUAUUCCAAAUUUAGAGAAUUGCAUUUUGGUUACAGAAACAAUGUAUCAUGUAGACAGAGGAUUGAUGUAUAAGCUGAUUUUAGUCCUUGUAUAGAAUAGAUCAUUGCCAUGUUUAAUAUAUGUACAUAUAAAAAAUGGCACCCAAUUAUUGUAUCACUAAAACCUGUUGAUGUAAUGUUAUGAUCAAGGAGAUGAUGUUUUGAUUAAUUGUGAAAACACUUUAGGGUUGUCUCAAAAUUACUCACUAAAUUCUACAUGUAAUCCUUUUGCUGAAGCACCCACCUACCAUAUUCUCUCAAAUGGAUGCAAUAUGCCUCCCAAUUUCUACUGUACGAGAUGUGUCAAUAUAACAAAAUCCCAGUAGAUCUUUCAAUGGUAUACAAGUGGAUGAUAAACUGGUGAAAAUAAAUUCCAUCUUUCUGGACUUAAUGUAUGAACAAAAUGCUUAAAAACAAAAUUAGAUACCUCUUUGUAACACAGAUUUUAGAUUAUUUCAUUGGGAUAGAUGCAUCAUUAUCAAUGAAAACAUUCACAUUGUCAUUCAUUGUUCAAUAAUACUGGUAUCAUAAGUUGUCAAAAUUCUUUAAUGUAUCACUGCUUAACCUAAAUACAAUAGACUUGAAUGAUGAAUGUGGGAAAUUAUUUCAGAAUAAGAAAAUUCCAAUGAUACAUUGCAAGUAAAACAUACAUGUUUAAGCAUAUAAGAGAGAAUACGAUAGCCACCUCUUUUAACCAAAAAAAUCUCAAAAAGUGAUUCAUAAAAAAGGACGUUGAUACGUUGGUGAACAAAACAGCCUUUUACCACUUAUUGAGUAAGCAAAAGUGAUUAUGUGUAGAAUUCAGUCUGAAACGUAUGAGAUCGGGCCUAACAUGAAAUUGCACCUGUGUA